AUGAAGGAUCUCCUGUUCUCUGCGGCGGGCCUGCAGUCGUUUCUACAGAGAUUGGGUGUCGUCGUGGACAAGGCCCCCGGGGCCCUGGGGGUUUAUUACUGGGAGCCGGCUUGGGUGCAGAAUGCGGGGCUGGGGGGUAGCUGUUCGGAUCAUUUGCUGGUGAGUUGGGAGAUGGACGCGGUGCGCACCAGUCUACGGACACUCGGGGGGUUGUAG